UCCCCAAACUGGCAUGUUUUUUUUGUAAUUUUUGGUAGCACUUAAUAUUAUUUCACACGGCUUUUCACACUGCUUUCGGACCCAACAAUGAAGUACAGCCGGAAUUAACUUUUAAACUUUUUAAAACUUUUAAAGAUCAACAACGCUCCUUUUCGCCAACUCCCAGCUGAAUUCGCCAUCCAGCGCUCCUGAGGCUGAGAAGCGGAGGAGAAGACGCUGUGCGCGGCUGCAGAUCCGACUGGAACUGGCUUCACAGGGCACAUCGAGAACGAGAACUGCUGCAGCUUGGUCUUUACGGAAACCUGGCUGGAGAAAAGACCCCGGACUCGGGCUGGAUGGCCGCACUGCCUAUCGAGCAGACAGAACAGCUGACAUGGCUUUGUUGUCAUGGCGGCGGCGGACAUAGUUGCAACAUAGUUGCAACGGCCCGGAGCUCCCAAAAUCGGGAAUGUUUUGUAGUUUUUGGUAGCACUUAAUAUUAUUCCACACAGUUGUUGUUUUUUCCACACUGCUCUCAAACCCCGACAAUGAAGUACAGCCGAAAUGCACUUUUAAAGCUCAACAACGCUCCAUUUCGCCUCCCGGCGGACUUCACCAUCCCAGCCGAGAUCACCAGAUCACCAUCCAGCACUCCUGAGGCUGAGAAGCGGAGGAGGAGACGCUGUGCGCGGCUGCAGAAGAGGGGAAAACGCGGAGGUACGUGGGCUAGGCUCAAAGCGAACCCAUUCAAACCCCCGCUUCCUACCAUCUUUCUCUCAAAUGUCCGUUCGAUCCGCAACAAGGUGGAUGUGAUCCGACUGGAACUAGUUUCACAAAAACACAUGAAGAACUGCUGCAGCUUAAUCUUUUCGGAAACCUGGCUGGAUAAAAAGACCCCGGACUCGGCUAUUGAGCUAGAUGGCCGCACUGCCUAUCGAGCAGACAGAACAGCUGACUCGGGUAAGAAGCUAGGAGGAGGUCUGUGUAUCUAUACCAAUGACUCGUGGUGUACCAAUGUCACAGUUGUUAGCAAACAUUGUUGCCCUGACGUGGAAUUUUUGUUGCUCCAAUGCAGACCGUUUUACUUACCAAGAGAAUUCUCUUCUGUUUACAUCUGUGCUGUUUACAUUCCACCCGACGCCAAUGCUAAACUGGCACUAGUAAGGCUACAGGACAUUGUAAACAAUAGCCUGCUGGCACAUCCCGACAGUAUCUUUAUUGCAGCGGGGGAUUUUAAUCAUGCUGACUUAAAGUCUGUACUUCAUUCUUUCCACCGUAAUGUAAAAUGCGCUACCAGAGGGAGCAACACACUUGAUCAGGUUUAUACCAACAUAGCCCAUGCAUACAGAACCCAGGCGUACCCCCACCUAGGUCUCUCUGAUCAUGUUUCGCUCCUCCUGCACCCCUGGCACUCACCCAAAAUCAGAGCCAGUAGGCCCGAAGUCAGGUCUGUCAGGAUUUGGCCUGAGGACGCCAUCCCUAGGCUCCAGGACUGCUUCAGCUCCACAGACUGGGACAUUUUCAGUGGACUGGGUGUGUUGACACGUAGGUCUCUGAAUAAUUAUCUUGUCUCAGUCCUUGACUACAUCAAAUUUUGUGUGGAUAUUGUUACAUCCUGGAAACAAUUCCGUGUCUUCCCAAACGUUAAACCCUGGAUGACACCUAAAGUAAAAUCCUUACUACGAGCCAGGAAUGCAGCAUACAGAACCGGUGACACCAAUGCAUACUGCACGGCAAGAUCCGACCUGAAGAAAGGCAUCAGUUCUGCCAAGCAAGCAUACAUGACCCGCAUUGAAGCUCAGUUCAACAGCGCCUCAUGCCCCCGGCAGGUGUGGGAGGGCGUUAGGGCAAUAACGGACUACAAGGGAAGAACAUCCCCCCCUGUCAACAGCAGCGCCCCCCUAGCGGAGGAGUUAAACAUCUUUUACGCACGUUUUGACAGGAACAACAAGGACCCGGUGUCGCCCCCUCUCCCCUCUGACGGCUCCACCCUAGUCCUGAGCACUCAUGAGGUCAGACUCAUCCUACGCAACAUCAACAUCAGGAAGGCAGCAGGCCCAGAUGGAGUCCAGGGACGGGUGCUCAAGGACUGUGCGGCUGAACUAGCUCCAGUUCUCACCACCAUCUUUAACCUGUCUCUGGCCUCAUCCUGGGUCCCAGGAUGUCUCAAGGCAGCAACAAUAGUCCCGGUUCCCAAGAAACCAAAUGUUGCAGGUCUGAACAACUACAGACCUGUGGCACUCACCCCUAUCGUCGCAAAAUGCUUUGAGAAACUAGUCAUGAAACACAUUAAAGCCUCCAUACCGCCAUCAUUAGAUCAGAAUCAGUUUGCUUACCGGAAGAACAGGUCAACAGAGGAUGCCAUUGCCAUUGUGUUACACACUCUACUAGAACAUCUUGAGCACAGUAACACAUAUGGGCGACUCCUUUUUGUUGACUUUAGUUCAGCUUUCAACACUAUCCUGCCUAACAAGCUACACAGCAAACUACACAAACUUGGCCUGAACACCACUUUAUGCAAUUGGAUUUUGGACUUUCUAACACACCGUACACAACAUGUCAGGAUUGGCAAGCAUGUCUCCCCCACCCUGCCCAUGAACACCGGGGCCCCCCAGGGUUGCGUGCUCAGCCCACUUCUCUACACACUUUUCACUCACGACUGCUGCUCCUCUUCUCCAUCUAACCUCAUAGUGAAAUUUGCUGACGACACAACAGUACUUGGCCUCAUCACAGGAAAUGAUGAGACCUCAUACAGGAGGGAGGCCGAGAGACUGGUAGAGUGGUGCGGUGAUCACAACCUGGUUCUCAACACCACCAAGACCAAGGAAGUGAUCAUCGAUUUCCGCAGGGCCAGACACCUCAGCCACUCUCCACUCCUAAUCGGAGGGGAGGAGGUAGAGAGGGUGUCCAACUUCAAGUUUCUGGGUGUGACUGUGGCCGACGAUCUGUCCUGGAGGACCAACAUCACCUCUGCCGUGGCUGCACCAGGGCCGAAAAGGAGGCCCUCCACAGAGUGGUCAAGGCUGCGGGGAGGAUCAUUGGGAAGAGCCUCCCAGAGAUCUCCACAGUCUUCACCUCCCGCUGCCUACGCCGGGUGAACAACAUCCUAAAGGACCAGGUCCACCCAGCGCACCAUCUCUUCCAGCGACUGCCCUCCGGACGGAGAUACCGUUCCAUCCGCUCCAGGUCCAGCAGAUUGACCAAUAGCCUCUAUCCAAAGGCUGUCAGACUGCUGAACGAACAACCUGCCCCCCGC